AAAAACGAAAUAUGUUGACGAAGAGAGAGAGAUAGAAAGGUAAACGGGAAACGACAAAGUAAACAUUUCAGGGAGACAGCGGAAGGCCAUUUCUGAUUCAAGUUCUUCGGAGCUUUCGAAACUGGUGGCUUUAUUGGCUUUGAUUCGCGGAAUUUUGGGGAUACUGUUCGCAACUGUUUUCCUCUUUUUGGUUGGAUGCUGCUGCUGAAGAGUUCAUCAAAGACUGCGAAAGGAGAUUGAAUUAAGUAUGAUUUGGAUUCCUUGUUCUGGAGUUUCAAAUAGGAAGGUCAAGUCCAAGAAAUUGAAGAACAAACCUGCUUUAGAGAACCUACAAACAAGUUCCUCCUUCAGUGAAGAAGCCUCAAAUGGUGGAGGAUCUGAUCAUAUAAAGGCACAAAUAUUUCCAUUCCGGGAGUUGGCCGCAGCUACCAGGAAUUUUCGGGUGGACUGUCUCUUGGGCGAGGGAGGUUUUGGUAGAGUUUACAAAGGAAAUUUGGAAAGCAUCAAUCAGGUAGUGGCAAUCAAACAACUCGAUCGCAAUGGGUUGCAAGGGAACAGGGAGUUUCUCGUUGAAGUGUUGAUGUUAAGCCUACUUCAUCACCCAAAUCUAGUUAAUCUGAUUGGUUAUUGUGCUGAUGGAGAUCAAAGGCUUCUGGUAUAUGAAUAUAUGCCUCUAGGAUCCUUAGAUGACCAUUUACAUGACGUUUGGCCGGGUACAAAAGUACUAGAUUGGAAUACUAGAAUGAAAAUAGCUGCUGGGGCAGCACGAGGGUUGGAAUAUUUGCAUGAUAAAGCUAGCCCACCAGUUAUUUAUCGAGAUUUAAAAAGUUCCAACAUUCUGCUUGAUAAAGGUUAUCAUCCCAAGCUGUCUGAUUUUGGUUUGGCCAAACUUGGGCCUGUUGGGGACAAUACACAUGUUUCUACCAGAGUUAUGGGUACUUAUGGAUAUUGUGCUCCCGAAUAUGCAAUGACUGGCCAGUUAACUCUCAAGUCAGAUGUUUAUAGUUUCGGCGUUGUUCUUCUAGAACUCAUAACAGGCAGGAAAGCAAUUGAUGAUUCAAGAGCUGCAGGGGAGCAAAAUCUGGUUUCAUGGGCAAGACCAUUGUUUAAUGAUCGUCUGAGAUUUGCACAAAUGGCAGAUCCAAUGCUUAGAGGCCAACAUCCUUCAAGGGGUUUGUAUCAGGCUCUUGCAAUUGCAGCAAUGUGUGUCCAAGAGCAGCCAAAUAUGCGUCCUGUGAUCGCCGAUGUCGUCACAGCUCUCUCGUAUCUUGCUUCCCAAAGAUACAACCCUAGUACGAGCAUACCCCACGGCUCCCCUGCAUCUGCCUUUACACCUCCAAGAAACAACAGAGAUUCUGACAGGAAGCCUAAUGGCGGUCGAAGAUACGAUAGAAAUCACACUCGAAAGCUAUAAUGAGGCUCGUCUUCACCCGUUGACGUUUGCUAGCCAUACCGCUGGAUAUACGACAAUGACAGGCUCCAAAGGUGGUUCAAAAGCUUGAUUGAAUGCACUGGAUGGUCCUUCUCCUCAAUAUUUUACACGAACUUCAUCAAAUCAGGUGCAUUUCUAUGCUCCAUUUUGCAUUUGUUCAUAGAAUAUAUAUAUAUAAAGUAUAUAUAUACACACACAUAUAUAUAUAUAUUUACUUGCAAAAGGUCAUUGUUCAUAUAUUUCUAAGUUAUAGAUUUCUGACGUGGUUGUUUCUAUAUAUUUUUUUUCAA